AUGAUUAAGUUAUUGGUAUUACUUAUAGCAGUAACGGCGGCAACCGGUGCUCCUGUUGGCGAUACAACGACAUCAGCUGCUGAUGAUCCGACUACAAGUGUAUCUACUGACCCAACUACUACUGCUGCUUCUGGAGAUACAACUACUACUGCUUCUGGAGACACUACUACUGGUGCUUCUGGAGACACAACUACUGCUGCUUCUGGAGAUACAACUACUGGUGCUUCUGGAGACACAACUACUGGUGCUUCUGGAGACACAACUACUGGUGCUUCUGGAGACACAACUACUGGUGCUUCUGGAGACACAACUACUGGUGCUUCUGGAGACACAACUACUGGUGCUUCUGGAGACACAACUACUGGUGCUUCUGGAGACACAACUACUGGUGCUUCUGGAGACACAACUACUGGUGCUUCUGGAGACACAACUACUGGUGCUUCUGGAGACACAACUACUGGUGCUUCUGGAGACACAACUACUGGUGCUUCUGGAGACACAACUACUGGUGCUUCAGGAGACACAACUACGAGCGCUUCGGGCGAUAGUACAACUGCAGCCGCGUCUACUGAUAAUCCAACCACUGGUACUAUUGAUGUUGAAGCUGGAGGUCAAGGUGGAGGACAGGGAGGAGGCAGUGCUCAAAUUAAUUCAGACAACACUCCCGGGAAAAAAUAA